AGAGAAGGGAGGAGGUGGAGGCAGCUGGAGGUCCCAGAAGUGGCACCCAUUGGCCGCAGCGACACGGAGGGGAGACUGCUGCCACUCCAAGGCUCUCAGAGGCUGCUGGGGUAGGAGGUGGCCCUGAGAGGAGCCUGCCUCGGUUUCCCUGCUCUCUGGGGUGCUGGUGAGGCCAGGAGGAGGAGCAAGACCCCAGGCCUCACAGGCCAGGUGGAGCCAUCGAAGCCCCCACCCACAGGCUGACAGAGGCACCGUUCACCAGAGGGCUCAACACCGGGAUCUAUGUUUAAGUUUUAACUCUCGCCUCCAAAGACCACGAUAAUUCCUUCCCCAAAGCCCAGCAGCCCCCCAGCCCCGCGCAGCCCCAGCCUGCCUCCCGGCGCCCAGCUGCCCGCCAUGCCCUCCAGCGGCCCCGGGGACACCAGCAGCUCUGCUGCGGAGCGGGAGGAGGACCGAAAGGACGGAGAGGAGCAGGAGGAGCCGCGUGGCAAGGAGGAGCGCCAAGAGCCCAGCACCACGGCACGGAAGGUGGGGCGGCCUGGGAGGAAGCGCAAGCACCCCCUGGUGGAAAGCAGUGACACGCCAAAGGACCCUGCGGUGAUCUCCAAGUCCCCAUCCAUGGCCCAGGACUCAGGCUCCUCAGAGCUAUUACCCAAUGGGGACUUGGAGAAGCGGAGUGAGCCCCAGCCAGAGGAGGGGAGCCCUGCUGGGGGGCAGAAGGGCGGGGCCCCAGCAGAGGGAGAGGGUGCAGCUGAGACCCUGCCCGAAGCCUCAAGAGCAGUGGAAAAUGGCUGCUGUACCCCCAAGGAGGGCCGAGGAGCCCCUGCAGAAGCGGGCAAAGAACAGAAGGAGACCAGCAUCGAAUCCAUGAAAAUGGAGGGCUCCCGGGGCCGGCUGCGGGGUGGCUUGGGCUGGGAGUCCAGCCUCCGUCAGCGGCCCAUGCCGAGGCACACCUUCCAGGCGGGGGACCCCUACUACAUCAGCAAGCGCAAGCGGGACGAGUGGCUGGCACGCUGGAAAAGGGAGGCUGAGAAGAAAGCCAAGGUCAUUGCAGGAAUGAAUGCUGUGGAAGAAAACCAGGGGCCCGGGGAGUCUCAGAAGGUGGAGGAGGCCAGCCCUCCUGCUGUGCAGCAGCCCACUGACCCCGCAUCCCCCACUGUGGCUACCACGCCUGAGCCCGUGGGGUCCGAUGCCGGGGACAAGAAUGCCACCAAAGCAGGCGAUGACGAGCCAGAGUACGAGGACGGCCGGGGCUUUGGCAUUGGGGAGCUGGUGUGGGGGAAACUGCGGGGCUUCUCCUGGUGGCCAGGCCGCAUUGUGUCUUGGUGGAUGACGGGCCGGAGCCGAGCAGCUGAAGGCACCCGCUGGGUCAUGUGGUUCGGAGACGGCAAAUUCUCAGUGGUGUGUGUUGAGAAGCUGAUGCCGCUGAGCUCGUUUUGCAGUGCGUUCCACCAGGCCACGUACAACAAGCAGCCCAUGUACCGCAAAGCCAUCUACGAGGUCCUGCAGGUGGCCAGCAGCCGCGCAGGGAAGCUGUUCCCGGUGUGCCACGACAGCGAUGAGAGUGACACUGCCAAGGCCGUGGAGGUGCAGAACAAGCCUAUGAUUGAAUGGGCCCUGGGGGGCUUCCAGCCCUCUGGCCCUAAGGGCCUGGAACCACCAGAAGAAGAGAAGAAUCCCUACAAAGAAGUGUACACGGACAUGUGGGUGGAACCUGAAGCAGCUGCCUACGCACCACCUCCACCAGCCAAAAAGCCCCGGAAGAGCACAGCGGAGAAGCCCAAGGUCAAGGAGAUUAUUGAUGAGCGCACAAGAGAGCGGCUAGUGUACGAGGUGCGGCAGAAGUGCCGGAACAUUGAGGACAUCUGCAUCUCCUGUGGGAGCCUCAAUGUCACCCUGGAACACCCCCUCUUCGUUGGAGGAAUGUGCCAAAACUGCAAGAACUGCUUUCUGGAGUGUGCGUACCAGUACGACGACGACGGCUACCAGUCCUACUGCACCAUCUGCUGCGGGGGCCGUGAGGUGCUCAUGUGCGGAAACAACAACUGCUGCAGGUGCUUUUGCGUGGAGUGUGUGGACCUCUUGGUGGGGCCGGGGGCUGCCCAGGCAGCCAUUAAGGAAGACCCCUGGAACUGCUACAUGUGUGGGCACAAGGGUACCUACGGGCUGCUGCGGCGGCGAGAGGACUGGCCCUCCCGGCUCCAGAUGUUCUUCGCUAAUAACCACGACCAGGAAUUUGACCCUCCAAAGGUUUACCCACCUGUCCCAGCUGAGAAGAGGAAGCCCAUCCGGGUGCUGUCUCUCUUUGAUGGAAUUGCUACAGGGCUCCUGGUGCUGAAGGACUUGGGCAUUCAGGUGGACCGCUACAUUGCCUCGGAGGUGUGUGAGGACUCCAUCACGGUGGGCAUGGUGCGGCACCAGGGGAAGAUCAUGUACGUCGGGGACGUCCGCAGCGUCACACAGAAGCAUAUCCAGGAGUGGGGCCCAUUCGAUCUGGUGAUUGGGGGCAGUCCCUGCAAUGACCUCUCCAUCGUCAACCCUGCUCGCAAGGGCCUCUACGAGGGCACUGGCCGGCUCUUCUUUGAGUUCUACCGCCUCCUGCAUGAUGCGCGGCCCAAGGAGGGAGAUGAUCGCCCCUUCUUCUGGCUCUUUGAGAAUGUGGUGGCCAUGGGCGUUAGUGACAAGAGGGACAUCUCGCGAUUUCUCGAGUCCAACCCUGUGAUGAUUGAUGCCAAAGAAGUGUCAGCUGCACACAGGGCCCGCUACUUCUGGGGUAACCUUCCCGGUAUGAACAGGCCGUUGGCAUCCACUGUGAAUGAUAAGCUGGAGCUGCAGGAGUGUCUGGAGCAUGGCAGGAUAGCCAAGUUCAGCAAAGUGAGGACCAUUACUACGAGGUCAAACUCCAUAAAGCAGGGCAAAGACCAGCAUUUUCCUGUCUUCAUGAAUGAGAAAGAGGACAUCUUAUGGUGCACUGAAAUGGAAAGGGUAUUUGGUUUCCCAGUCCACUAUACUGACGUCUCCAACAUGAGCCGCUUGGCGAGGCAGAGACUGCUGGGCCGGUCAUGGAGCGUGCCAGUCAUCCGCCACCUCUUCGCUCCGCUGAAGGAGUAUUUUGCGUGUGUGUAAGGGACAUGGGGGCAAACUGAGGUAGCGACACAAAGUUAAACAAACAAACAAAAAACACAAAACAUAAUAAAACACCAAGAACGUGAGGAUGGAGAGAAGUAUCAGCACCCAGAAGAGAAAAAGGAAUUUAAAACAAAAACCACAGAGGCGGAAAUACCGGAGGGCUUUGCCUUGCGAAAAGGGUUGGACAUCAUCUCCUGAUUUUUCAAUGUUAUUCUUCAGUCCUAUUUAAAAACAAAACCAAGCUCCCUCCCCUUCCUCCCCCUCCCCUUUUUUUUUCGGUCAGACCUUUUAUUUUCUACUCUUUUCAGAGGGGUUUUCUGUUUGUUUGGGUUUUGUUUCUUGCUGUGACUGAAACAAGAAGGUUAUUGCAGCAAAAAUCAGUAACAAAAAAUAAUAACAAUACCUUGCAGAGGAAAGGUGGGAGAGAGGAAAAAAGGAAAUUCUAUAGAAAUCUAUAUAUUGGGUUUUUUUUUUUGUUUUGGUUUUUUUUUUUUUUUUUUUGGUUUUUUUUUUUACUAUAUAUCUUUUUUUUGUUGUCUCUAGCCUGAUCAGAUAGGAGCACAAGCAGGGGACGGAAAGAGAGAGACACUCAGGCGGCAGCAUUCCCUCCCAGCCACUGAGCUGUCGUGCCAGCACCAUUCCUGGUCACGCAAAACAGAACCCAGUUAGCAGCAGGGAGACGAGAACACCACACAAGACAUUUUUCUACAGUAUUUCAGGUGCCUACCACACAGGAAACCUUGAAGAAAAUCAGUUUCUAGAAGCCGCUGUUACCUCUUGUUUACAGUUUAUAUAUAUAUGAUAGAUAUGAGAUAUAUAUAUAAAAGGUACUGUUAACUACUGUACAACCCGACUUCAUAAUGGUGCUUUCAAACAGCGAGAUGAGUAAAAACAUCAGCUUCCACGUUGCCUUCUGCGCAAAGGGUUUCACCAAGGAUGGAGAAAGGGAGACAGCUCGCAGAUGGCGCGUUCUCACGGUGGGCUCUUCCCCUUGGUUUGUAACGAAGUGAAGGAGGAGAACUUGGGAGCCAGGUUCUCCCUGCCAAAAAGGGGGCUAGAUGAGGUGGUCGGGCCCGUGGACAGCUGAGAGUGGGAUUCAUCCAGACUCAUGCAAUAACCCUUUGAUUGUUUUCUAAAAGGAGACUCCCUCGGCAAGAUGGCAGAGGGCACGGAGUCUUCAGGCCCAGUUUCUCACUUUAGCCAAUUCGAGGGCUCCUUGUGGUGGGAUCAGAACUAAUCCAGAGUGUGGGAAAGUGACAGUCAAAACCCCACCUGGAGCAAAUAAAAAAACAUACAAAACGUACUGGUGCUUUCCUGUCUAAGUCGCCUUUUGUGUGUUCUUUUAUGAGGCCCCCACCAUCCACCCCUCUGUGCGCAAGGCGGCUGCCGGCCCCUGGAAUGUGAUGUUUUUGGUCAUCUCCAAAGGCUGCAGUUUUAUACUGGGAGGCUGAUGACACCUUUUAUUAUAAUUAUUCUUAUGGUUCUGGUUAUAAUUAUGUUUGUUUUAAGAUUUUCUUUAAGAAAACAAAAACCCAACACCCUUCCCUUUAGGUUUCAAACCAAGGUGCGGGAGCAGGGUGCUUCUGAGUUAGCGGUGGCUCUGGUGCCCUGGCUCCCACCCCUCGGGCCAGGUGGGCCACUGGGCAUGGUGACAGCUGGGCGGCCAGGGAGUCCCCAAGGUCUGCCUUCUGGGCUUGUCACUCUUCUCUUCUACUUCCCCUCCUCUUGAGUCGGGUGUGUCAGGGCUGGAGGGAGGACCGGCUGUCUCUCUCCUUGUGUGUGUGAUUGGAGUGGUGUGUAUUUCUUUUCUAGUACUUGGUCUGAUGAUAGCUGUGCUCUUACCUCGAGUCAGCAGCACCUGGAGCCCCAAGUGCUCGACACUUUGUUCCACUUCCUACAAGGCAGGCGGCCUGGCGUCAGUAGUAGGAAGGGAUGGCAUUGUUGGCUCCAGGGUGAGGGCCCGACGGGCAGGUGCUUGCCUGGGUAGAUGGGGUGUAGAUAUGUGGCAUAUAGAGAUAUAUAUUUUAUAAUGGGAGGGGGGAUGGCACCUCCUGGGACUGGUAGAGCUGGGAGGUGUGUCGGCAAGCACAUGGCCCCAAGUCCACGUCCCUAGAAAGAUGGGGCCUACGGUGAUAGGCGCUCUAUAAAUACAUAGAUAGGGUCAUGUUUAAGAAAUAUUAUGGGGUGGGGAGUGGGGGAAGCAGGCUCAGUGUGCUGAGCCUCGGUCCCCACUGCAGACAUAAACCCCACACCAAUCAGUCAAUCUCACACGCAUACACAGGAGCAUAUUUCUGUACUGAUGCAUAAUGAAUGCACUCUCACACACACACACCAGGGGGCUCCCAGCACUCUUCUCCCAGGGUUCAGGACUUUGUGGAGUCAGCCCGUGCAGCUAUUUACCUCUGUUGCCCUGAUUGCAGGUAGACUGUCAAUCCCAGAAGUUGCUAGGUGCUGAGGCAGGAAAAGGAGGAGGUUUCUUUUAGCAGGUGCUCUCCUCUAGCAGGUAGUGUUCUAUCUCUUUUGCCCCUGGUGAUGUCAAAAGAUUCUUCUGUUAGCAACCUGUGAUACUGACCUGCAACUCUAGGCACCAGUCAAGUCAGCCCUCAACUCCCCCUACCUAUUCUCCCCCAACUGAAAUCAAAUUGACAUCCAGGUCUGUCUUGGCCAGGGGGCUUCCAUUGGGGAAAAAAAAAUGGGACAGUGAACCUCACCUAUUGAAUAAACCAAAUUAGUAAUUAGUGACAAAACCAAACCAAGGCUUGGACCCCCUGCUCAUUACUCAGGAGUAAAUUCACACAGCUGGUGGCCGGUCUCACCCCUUUUUGGGGUGCUUGGUCCUGGACCCCAAUCUACUGUCUCCUCGACAGAUUGGUGUUUAAGAUCACGCCCAGUUGCUUCCUGUCACCUCUGACAGGUGGUGACUGGGCCGCUGUGGGGCUGGAGCAGCGAGGAAGGGAGCCUCUGCCCCCUCAGUGGAGUCCCUGUGCUAACUGUGGUGCUCACCCAGCUCCUCCUUGCUCCCGCGGGGCUCUGUCCUUCGGCUGGAGUCCACCAGCGCCACUCCAGGAGGGCUGGGGGAGGAGGGGCUGCCUCAGGCAGUCCAAGGUGCUCCCUCCCCCGCUGGCCAAUGCUAAGGUCUUCCCGGCUCCCAGGGUCAGGACAGAGUCUUCUAACGCUCAGGCUCUCCCAAGCCACUGCUUAGUGACAGUUAGCCUUUCCCAGCGGCCCAAGCUCCACCGGAACUGGGCCUGGUGCUCCAACCAAGCGGUUGGUGUGGGGACUUGGGAAGAGACUUGGUAGCCAAGGGCAUGGCAAGCCUGGGGGAUUCCUGUGGGCUGGCUUGCUCCAGGAGGGAGUGCUGGGCACAGAGGAGCCCUUAUGGCUGACAGCUUGAGAGCACUUGUUCCUCCAGGUCUAGCCACUUGACCAGGCCCUAGAAUGGACCAGAUGCCCCAGGGGUCAUGCCUCCCCGCUUGCAGGGACGAGAGUUAACAAUCACCAGCUUUUCUUCCGGCCCAGCCUGUGGGCUUGGUCUCACAGUAGAACUUGGGAGAGUAUGGGGCUUCGGGAUUGUGCCAACUUGGCCAAACUGAGAUAUGCUUAAUCCACCUCAACGCUGGGGCCUCUGGGGACAGGUAUUGGGUCACCUUCCAAGGGGCGCUGAACUUCAGCAGGCUGUAGAUAAGGCAGAGGUUAGAGGCAGUGGAGUGGGGGAACCAAGAAGGCCUAGGGAAAAUUGCCAGGCAUAUUCCCUGUGGAAUUUUCUUUCCGAAGAGUAGGCCCAUUUCCCCCUUAGAAACAAGGGUUCUGGGGGCUGAGGAUGACAGCUUCCCCCGCAGGUGCCAGGUGGAGCAUGAUGCCAAAGAGAUCCGUGGCUCUUGCCUGGGGGAGGUAGCCAGGUGCUCGUGCUGGGGACACAGUCCUUGGCCUCCUGCCUAAGCAGGAAGCUAGUUUCCAGCAGGCAGCUGGUGCUAACCCCCCGCCCCACGGGAGCGACAGGCCGGUGCACCGGCAGACUGGGGGGCCGCAGGCGGGCACUAGCAGGGGUCUGUAGUCCACAGAUGAUGACAUGAAUCUGUUGCUGUCCUUUUCUCUCUAGGCCCCAGAGACUUCUUGCUAUUGAACAUCCUAUUGGAAAGCAAACUUUCCAAGAGAGCAUCUGGGACCUGUUAGCUUUUGAAACGGGCCUGGGUGUGAUUGGCUGGUAGAGGUGUCUGUGUGAUUUUUGGCGCGUAGCAGGAGUGUGGAUUGGGACAGGCACCCCAGCAGGAAGGAAGGCUGACACCAAAGGGGUCUCACAGGGCCCAGCUCCGCUUGCUUCCCGAUAAUUGGCCACCAGGCCAUGGCGACUCUGGGGAAGCCUAGAUGGGAACACCCACCGUCUCCAGCAGAAGGAAUAUUUCAGCAGAGCCAUCUGGGAGAUGUUCUUAUAGGAAAACUGCAGUCAUUCAUUUCAUAGUUUUGCUUAUAUAAAUAGAGUACAUUUGGGAGGCAGUUUUGAAUUCCUGUUGCUACUCUGCUUGGUGCAGAGUUGCAGUGGCCCCAAGUGUCUUUCAGAGCUGUUGCUUUUAGGAGCCCCCUCAAGCUGUGGGUUAGGGCCAGGGCAGGGAGGGGGUGCUGCCUGGCACUGUGCCCUGAAGAGGGCUGCUUGCUUCCUUUGGUCGGGAGCACGGCAGAGCCAAGAUUCUGGUGGGAACCGAGUUUCUAGCCAGGCCCCUGUUUUGGUCCCGGGAGGUGAGUAAUCUGUUUGUCAUUGCGCAUUCUCCAUGCUGCCUGCUCCCAGUGCUGGAGACUAGAGAGCGACCCUGGAGUUGUCCUCUGGGAGUCCUGCCUGUUUGCCAGGGAACAGCUGAAACCUCCCCGCUCCCAGUCCCGGGGGUGGAAAAGGUGUAGUGGAGGAAUGGUCUGGAGCUAGGAUGGCCCUUCUGGCCAUGCCCUGCUGAGCCGGGAUUAAGGAAAGUGUCAGCCGCCUCCUCACCAGGCCCUGUGCUGGGGUCAGGAGGACCGGGAGGAGAGGGAAGGGGUGAGAGGAUAGACUCUGCUGUUGUAGUGUGAGCUCUGGAAUCUUUACAUUUUGGUAAAGGCAGGCCAGGGUCUUUGAGGAUCAAGUUGGGGAACCUUGCCUCUGUGUUUCCGAGACCCAGCUAAGGUGGGCCUUUGGUGGGUGACCUGUCUCUGACCCGAGGCAGCAGAGUUUUGGGGGAGGGAGAAACAAGCAAGGAGCAGGGAGGACAAGGACACAGAUCCCUUUGCUGGUGGGGACUUACUCACUUCCCCCACCAGAGGGCCUGGGACUCCCGAAACUCCCGUAACUGGAAAGCUCCCUGGCUCAGCUCCACUGAGGGGUGAGGAGGGCGGCUCCCUCAGCCCCAGCCUAGCGGCCUCCAACCUUGUGCCUGAGAAUAUGAGCAGCGGUCUAAAGCGUCCCCUAGUCCCAUUUCACUUCACAGACCGAUUUGGUUGCACAGCCCUAGAAUUCAACAGACAACAAAAAUGCUGAAAUUCCUUAGAAUACGCAGAGGGAGGAGGUGACUCAACAAGGUGCUAAAACAUUUUAUUAAAAAUAUAUAUUGUUAAAUUAAGUCUGCUGUCUGGACAAUGACUGUUUGUUUUGUUUUCUUGUAGUGGAGUUUAAAAGAGACUAUUAUUUUACUCUGAUAUAUUAUUAUUAAAAAGGCAUUUUAACUUUGUACUUGAAAACUAAAUGAGCGAUUUCAUGUGUUUUAGCUGAGGCAUUGAAGUAGCGGGUGCUUACUUAUUUGUGGGAAAUCAUGUAUUCAUACUGAAGAAUAAACUCCGUAGCUGAUUUGGUAAUAACUUUUACUGUUACAGACGAUUUCGCUUUGACCCCGGUGGCAGAGCACUUUUACUCCACAUUCCACGCAGCUAAAUGCAGGACUUCCCAGACUCUUCCCUCCCCAGCCCUCUUUCCUUUCUCUUAAGUUCUUCUUUUUUCCUUUAUUUUUUUUUUCCUGGUUCCAGCAUCCUUUCACCACUGUAUUUUUUUUUUUUUUUUUUUUUUUUAGGGUUGCUUCUCUAUUUAUUGACAAUAAUAAUGUACAUUUCACAGUCUGGUUCUAGGACAUUCAGGGAAGGGCGAGUGGGGGCCCGAGGGGUCCCUGCCCCACCCGCCUGGUGUCCUGUUGUAUCUCUGUGUAAGUGAUGCUCGUGACAUAGCUGUUUAUGAAAUAAUUAAAGAGGUCAAUGCGUACAACAGAUGUAGAAAGUCUGUCAGUUCCGCCUUCAUCACAUUUUUUUUUGUGCCCAGAAGAAUAUAAUAAAGCUCCUUUCUAAUGUACUUGUGCUGGAGAACACUUGAAUAAAUGGACUGUUUUUGUGCAAAAAGAAAAACAGAAAA